AUGGCUGCCCUCGCUGCUGUAUUACCCGCACCUACAUAUGCACCCACUGUCUCGGACGAUGAGGACGACGUCAGACAGGAGGGCCCGUCAACGUCAAAGGACCAGUCGUUAAUCCCCCACAAUGCCACUCCCCCGUAUGGCCAGCGCAAGGGAUGGAAGCCUUCGAGGCCUGAAGACUUUGGCGACGGUGGUUCGUACCCCGAAUGUCAUGUCGCACAGUAUCCCUUGCAAAUGGGCAAGAAAAAGACCGCCGCCGGCAACACCCUCGCCCUACAAGUCGACUCGGAGGGCAACGUCCGGUACGACGCCAUCGCGCACCAGGGCCAGCGCGAGGGCAAAGUCGUCCAGUCUCAGUUCAAAGACCUCGUCCCGAUCGCACACCGCAAGGACCUGACCGACGAGCAGCGCGCCAUGGAGCGGCCCUCGGAGGAGGACGUGCAGGCGACGACGGAGAAGACGCGGCUCGCGCUCGAGAAGCUCGUGAGCGGGAAGAUCAAGGCCGCGCAGCCCAAGAACGUCCCCGGCUCGCAGGGCAAUGCGAGCUACAUCCGGUACACGCCCGGCCAGCAGGGCGCGAGCGGGAACGGGCUGAACCAGAGGAUUAUCAAGAUGUCGGAGGUGGUGGAGGACCCGAUGGAGCCGCCCCGGUUCAAGCACAAGAAGAUCCCGCGCGGUCCGCCGAGUCCGCCGCCACCCGUGCUGAGGAGCCCGCCUCGCAAGGCGACGGCGUCGGAGCAGAAAGAGUGGAUGAUUCCGCCUUGUAUUUCGAAUUGGAAGAACAACAAGGGUUUUACUAUUCCGCUCGACAAGCGGUUGGCUGCUGAUGGCCGAGGGCUGCAGGAUGUGCAUAUUAACGAUAACUUUGCCAAGUUUUCGGAAGCUCUCUUCGUUGCCGACCGACACGCUCGAGAGGAAGUACGGCAACGGUCACUCAUGCAGCAGAAGCUUGCUCAGAAGGAGAAGGCUGCCAAAGAGGAAAACCUACGGUUGCUUGCACAGCGUGCUCGCGAGGAGCGCUCUGGCGUUGCUCCAUCACGACCGGCGCAGCCGACGGCAGAAACUCGCGCGGCUGUCACUUCCGCUUUGGGUGGCUACGGCAGUGGCAGUGAUGAAGGGUCCUCCGAGGCAGACCAAGACUCGGAGGCGGAGGACGACGAUGCCCGCAAAGUUCGCGACGACAUGCGCGCCGAGAAGCGGCGGGAACGGGAGCGGGAGAUGCGGAUGUCGAACAUGGGCACGGAGCAACGCGCGAAGAUGCUCGCACGGCAGCAAAACCGCGACAUUUCGGAGAAGAUCGCUCUUGGACUUGCGAAGCCGACGAUGUCGAAGGAGUCGAUGCUCGACUCGCGGCUGUUCAACCAGGAGUCGCUGAGCGGAACAUUUGCUGACGAGGAAAACUAUAACCUGUAUGACCGUCCGCUGUUCCACGGCUCGAAUGCUGCUGCGAUGAUCUACAAGUCGCGGGGAGAUCUCGAUGCUGGCGACGACGAUCAGUAUGGUGGCGGGACUGAGGAGGGCAUCGGAAAAGCUCUGGACAACGACCGGUUUGGGCUCGGACGUGCGCAGGUGGGCUUCGAGGGUGCACAGGACCAGGAAGUCCGGGAGGGUCCCGUGCAGUUCGAGAAGGACACGAGUGACGUGUUUGGUGUGGACAAGUUCCUGGACGAGGCCAAGGGGGGGAGAAAACGAGGGUUGGAAACGGAUGUCUCUGGGUCACGGAAACGGCAGCAGGUGGAGAGGGAUAACGAGAUGUCAUAAGUAGGUAAUGUUGUAGAUAGACUAUAGGUAUUGUUUCUAUGAUAUGAUCUUGUGCUGUACUGG